ACCCCGCCUCUUGGAUCUCCUCCUUCUCCUUCUCCUUCAUGUGUUCUCCUCCUUCUCCUUCGUGUGCUUUCCCUUUUGUUUAACUUGAAUUUCACCAUAUACUUUAUCCUCUCCACCAGCCGACAACCUUCACUCUCUCCUUCUCCUUUUCUCUGCAAACCCUAAUCCGCCUCCACCACUACUGAAUACCUUUUGUUUAUCCUUAAGGAGUAACGCAACCAAGCUCGUAUCUCAGAUCAAGUACUCCGGCGUGGAGUUAACCCCGAAACGCCAGAUGCAGCUCGAUACUCUCUCCAGAGCUCUCCGCGACGGCCUCGAACUCGCUGGAAAAUUCCUCGUCUCCAUCCGUUGGAACGUCUACAAGAACCUUGAAAUCUUUUUGGCAAUGGGAUUUUUGCUGUGGAUGGAGUUAAGUGGCGCCACCAACGGAAGCUUGCAAGCUUUCAGUUCUCAACAAAAGUUUUACAAGAGUUUAUUACUGUAAGCUUCAAGUCAAACGGUGCUAAACUAGCCAAAGAGAUUUCCUUACUAGCAGCUGCUUAGGAAACCAUGGAUUUGCAGGAUCUGUUGAUGAGAUCGACAUUAGAUUCGAUGUUUAAGGUGGGGUUUGGGUUUGAUCUUGAUACUCUAUCGGGUUCAAAUGAGGCAAGCAAUCGGUCUAUGGAAGCGUUUGAUGAAUCAAAUGGUUUAGUAUAUUGGCGAUUUGUGGAUCUAUGGAAGGUGAAAAGGUAUCUUAAUAUUGGUUCGGAAGCUGCUCUCAAAGAAAAAAUCAAAAUUAUCGAUAACUUCGUAUAUGAAUUGAUACAAAACAAGAGGAAACAACUGAAAAAUGAAGAGAGAUUUACUAGGAAUGUCCUUCUCAACGAUGACAUAUUGUCAAUCCCAUUUGUUUCAGAACUUCUUACAACUCUUCCAACAACCAUUGUUGACCUUGAGCCUCACCAGAUACAUGCGUCUUAUGAAUAUGUUGGAUAUAUGAUUCAAGCAGAAUCUGAGGAAACAGAGCGUGAUGAGUAUCUGCUGAGGCUGAUGGAUCUUCCCAAUCAGCAAUGGGUGGAAAUUAUAGGAUAUGCUCACGGAAAUAUGGAUUUAUUGAAAGAUCAAGAUGUCAUUAGGAUUGUGCUUAACAUAUUGAAGACUAAUACAAGUGUUGCCACUGGACUUGGAACAGAUUGGAAAGUAAUUUUUGCCCCUGAUGAUGGAUCAUGUGCAAGAAACUAA